CGUCCCCGCGGGCGGUGGCGGCGACCCUUCAUGCUGCGGCGCCCGCUGGCCGGGCUGGCGGCGGCCGCCCUGGGCCGGGCCCCCUCGGACGGGAUGUCAGGACCAAGGCCCGUUGUCCUGAGCGGACCCUCAGGGGCUGGGAAGAGCACCCUACUGAAGAGACUCCUGCAGGAACACAGCAGCAUCUUCGGCUUCAGCGUGUCCCACACCACAAGGGACCCGAGGCCAGGAGAGGAGAACGGCAAAGAUUACUACUUUGUGACCAGGGAGGUGAUGCAGCGGGACAUUGCCGCCGGAGACUUCAUCGAGCAUGCCGAGUUCUCAGGGAACUUGUAUGGGACCAGCAAAGCAGCUGUGCGGGCUGUGCAGGCCAUGAACCGCAUCUGCGUGCUGGAUGUGGACCUGCAGGGCGUGCGCAACAUCAAGAAGACCGACCUGCGGCCUGUCUACAUCUUUGUGCAGCCACCCUCACUGGAUGUCCUGGAGCAGCGGCUGCGGCAGCGGAACACAGAGACGGAGGAGAGCCUGGCUAAGCGUCUGGCUGCUGCCCGGGCUGACAUGGAGAGCAGCGAGGAGCCCGGCCUGUUUGACCUGAUCAUCGUCAACGACAGUCUGGACAAGGCCUACUGGGCCCUGAAGGAGGCGCUCUCCGAGGAAAUAAAGAAGGCUCAAGCAACUGGUCACUCCUGAGCAGGUCCACUGGCUAUAACUCUUCAGGUGGGGCCUAGGGCCUGGCACCCACCCGCAGCGGGCCAGGGUCUCCGGCGGUGGCUCUGCUCACCUCAGCUAGCACCCAGGGUUUGGGGUGCUGCCUAUCUUCCCUCACUCCCCCACCGUGACUGGAGGACUUUUCUCUCACCUCCUCUCCCCAUGUCCAUUUCUAGGCUUCCUCCCCACCCCGCCCUAUCAACCCCCCUCCCGUGGAAGCUGGGCCAACAUCCAAAUAAAGAACUGCUGGGUUAGAGUGUC